GUUUCCCAGCGAACGGUGCACGGGGCGGAUGAUACGUCCGUCAAAAAAACACUUUUAACACGACACGAAAAGGAAAACUCUCAAAAUAGUCAAACACGAAAAGGCGAGACAGAACAGUGCGUGAAACAUUGUGUGCGGCUUCUAUUCAAGAAUUUUAAAUAGAAGAUAUGUAAAUAAAACGUUGUAAGCGAAAAGUAAAAAAGUAAACGCGGUUUCACAGUACGCUCCCUAUUCAUAUGCAAAUUUGGAAAUUUUGAAUCGGUGCCGCAAACUAAGCAGCACAUAAUUUGCGAAUUAAAUCAAAACACACGUCGCCCGUCUCGCUCUUUUGAGCCGGCAUCCUGGCAGCAACAACAAUUGCAGGACAUUAAGAGGACGCCUGGCUGAACGUUACGCGACGCGAACCGUUAACCGUUACGCUUCCGCUUUACGGCUUACGUAGUGUGUGCGCUCGUUUGUGUGUGUGCGCGCUUUUUGCGGGAUUUAACAAUUGGCAACGGGGCGGAUGAGCUGCGCGAUGCCGCCCACGUAAUGUGUGCCGAAAUUUAAAUUGCACUCUACGAGUACGACUUCGAGUGAGUGAGUGUGUGUGUGAUAACACAGAUAACGAUAACCAUAAACGUAAACAAAAGGAUUAGACGUUACGUUGCCGGGAUUACGCCAGCAGUAGCGACAGACUCUUUCCGAUAUCUCCAGCCUCAGGUCGCAUCCGCCCGAUCAGGCCCAGCACCAGCUCGAGCUUUGUUCAUCCGCGGCUUUGUUCGUGUGACAAGCGAAACUAAUGAGCGAGUGAGCGAACGAGCAGCAAAUCGGAAACAGGAAGCAGCAGCAACGAAAGUAAAACUGCUUGAGUAAAUAAUCGUAACUGUGAUAACACCAAAGAAAGCACAGCUCAGAGACCGUAAGACAGUUGCGUAAUUACGAGCCAUCGUCCAGUGAUUUCGCGCGCAAUAAAUGUCAACGUGGCCACGAGGAAAGUAAUCACAACUAUUUGCUAAACCCAAGCACCCAGCAAGCCCAGCAAAUCGCACAAAAUGGCUCAGCCCAGGAAAGCAGUUACGCCAGCAGUGGCAGCUUCUGAUGUUGCCCUACUAGCAACACGAAGCACGGCAGCAACAUUGCGAAGGAGCAGACGACCCUCGGCAGCAGCAGCAGCAGCGGCAACGCAUUCAAGUUCAAGGCGGUCAUCGUUAAUCACAUGUUUUAUAUCCUGCCACACGUUCAGCUUGUUCAUGCUGCUCCUCCUCUUGGCCAGCGGAGUCCGGGCUGCCGGCAAGCUGUCCACUCGCAGCAACAAAACAUCGGGAACUGGAACUGGAGCGGGAGUAGGGGCAGGAGCAGGAGCCGGAACAGCAGCAACAUCGGCAGCAGCGGCGGCAGCGUCGGGAACACCCAUUUGGGAUCAUGCCAUCGAUUUGAAUGAGGAUUUUCGCAUACUAUGGCAAAUCAUUAAUCAGGAUAUAACAUUUGAAAUACAGGCACGUACCCUGGGCUACGUCGGCUUCGGAUUCUCGCCCGAUGGCAAUCUGGCUGGUGCCGAUAUGGCCAUCGGUUGGGUGGACAAGGGUCAAACCUAUUUUCAGGAUCGACACGUCACACGGAACGGCGACCCCGAACCCCUGGUGGAUCCUUCGCAGGAUUAUAUGCUGAUGCUGGGCUACGAGAAUGCGACGCACACGGUCCUCCGGUUCCGACGCAAGCUGGACACGUGUGACCCCAGUCACGACAUCGCCAUAACGAACGACACGAUGCGCCUGCUGUACAUGUACCACGCCCAGGAUCCGCCGCACGGCUCGGUGCGUCCUGGCACCCUUCCGGAUCCGGCCCGCGCCUUCCGUCCCUACCGCCCCAUGGUCCUCAUGCAGCGCGCCCAGCUGCCGAUGCCCUCGCCCACGCACGACGAGCGCGUGCGAGUCCUCGAGCUGCGCAACGAGGAUGUGGAGCUGCCUUCCGGCGACCUGCCGCUCUUCUGGUGCAAGAUGUUCAAGCUGGAGGACAUCAAUCGCAAACACCACCUGAUCCGGUACGAGCCGAUUUAUGAUUCAUCGUCCAGCGUGCACUACUUGCAGCACAUAACGCUACACGAGUGCCAGGGUGCCCACGCGGAGCUGGAGGAGAUGGCACGCGAGCAGGGCCGCCAGUGCCUCGGAGCCCGGUCCAUUCCGCUGGCGUGCAAUGCCAUCGUGGCCUCUUGGUCGCGCGGCAGCGAGGGCUUUACGUAUCCACACGAGGCAGGCUACCCGAUCGAGUCGCGCCAGGCGAAAUAUUAUUUAAUGGAGACCCAUUACAACAAUUUGAGGCCCGACUUUGCCCAAUUGCACGCCAGACAAAUGGCGGAUAAUUCGGGUUUGAAAAUCUACUUUACGCACGUCCUGCGACCCAACGAUGCCGGCAUUCUGUCAAUCGGAAUGGACCCCAACUGGCGUCACAUUAUCCCGCCUGGCCAGAAGCGAGUCGUUUCCGAGGGACAGUGCAUCGAGGACUGCACCGGCUACGCCUUCCCCCAGCAGGGCAUCAACAUAUUCGCGGUGAUGAUGCGCACCCACCAGAUCGGCAAGGAGGUUAAGCUGCGCCAGAUACGACAAACCGAGGAGCUGCCGCCAAUUGCACACGACAGCAAUAUAGAUGUUGCCUAUCAGGACUUUCGACGUUUGCCACAAUCGGUGCAUUCCAUGCCCGGGGAUAGACUCAUCGCCGAAUGCAUUUAUGACAGUUCGUCACGAAAGGCAAUUACCCUGGGUGGACUCACCAUGAAAGAAGAAAGCUGCACGGUGCUGACACUCUACUAUCCGCGCCAGAAGAAGCUGACAACGUGUCACUCACUGCCGAGUCUGCCCACAGUGUUGCACUCCCUCGGCAUCGAGCAACUGGCAACCGACUCGAAUCCCGUGCUUAUAUCAUCGCCACCCGAAUUGGCCGGAAUGACACUGGAGGCACGUCUGAUAUCCUACGACUGGGAAAAUCAAUUUGGCGAAUUCCAGGAGGCCACACGCAAGGGCAGCUUCAAGCCCAUCUGCUGGGGAGCCAAGAAUCAUGUGGUGCCGGGCUCCGAAUUCCUCGAGGGCUACAGCAUAAAUGUGACCAAGACGUACAAAAAGCACCGCCGCUGCAAGCCCAAACGUCCCCUAUCCCCGCCCACCGAACGCACCGCUCCCCCACCCGCCUCCGACCUCAGCGAGCUGCCGGUGCUCCACGAGCUGGACAACAACAACAUAAUCGAGGGGGCGGCUCGGAGCAGCCGCAGCUCGGCGACCGACGUGCACGGGCUGAGCCGCAGCAGCGGACGCCAGUUCAUCAGCUGCCUGCUCUGGCUGGGUGCCUCGUCCUGGUGGCUCCUGCUGAUGCUCAGGACGUGAGGAGAUUGAAGGGGACCCGGCGACAGACGAAGCAGCAGCGGGAAGCACAGGCACCACCGUCUCAAUACACUAAACUAACCUAACCAAACAGCUAAAUGACAGAUGGAAAAUCAGUGGAAAACAUAAAGUAGAGUGCUGAAAUAGCGAACGCAACUCAACUACAGCUCUCUCUAACUACAAGCGACAUCUCUUAAUCCUACUACAGAUACAGAUGCAGAUACAUUUACAGAUAAAGAUACAGAUACAGAUACAAAUAGAAGCAAAAUGAAAAUGCGGAAAAGAGGAAAAGAUGAAAUAUUCAUAAUAAGCUAGCGUAUAACAGCUUUUCCCCGUCCCCUCUCCCGUACACCUGCUGGUCCCAAACGCCCAUUUAUUUAAGCUCCUCCCUCCACAGUUUUGUUGAUUUUGUUCUAGAGUUUUAGUAAAUUAUUAAUGAUUUUUUUAAGUAGUCUAAGCUGAAAAAAAAACCGAAACAAAAACA